AUGUCCAACGCGGCUGUCGUUGGCUUCGUGACGACCGCCAUCGCCCUCCUCGUGGCGUAUCUCUACCUCUGCUCGCCCCUCGCCGUCCGGCAUCGCAACACCACGUCUGCCGUCAGGAUGAAGUCCUGGGUCGUCGUCAAGAACUCCGACAAGCCCAGCGAGGCACUGUCCUUCAAGGACGACGGCACCGUGACGGACGAGGACACGCUACCCCGCCCCAAGGGCAGCGACAUUCUCAUCCGCGUCUCCCACGCCGGCCUCAACCCGGCCGACCUGGCCUUUAUGAUGAACAUCCCCAGCUGGGUGCCGUUCCGCCGCCAGCCCACGCCGGCCAUUGACUUUGCCGGCACCAUUGUCGCCAUGGGCCCGGCAGCAAGCAAGGUCCGCUGCCAUGUGCGCGCCGGCCAGCCCCCCCUGGCCGUGGGCGCCCGCGUCGCCGGCUGUCUCACCGUACCCUAUGUCGCGACGGGCCACGGUGGGCUCACCGAGUACCUUACCGUGCCCGCCUCCAUGGUCGCGCGCCAGCCCGCGUCGCUCAAAGGCCCCGACAGCGACAGCAGCAGCGCGGCGGCCGUGGGCCUGCUGGGCUGCGCGGGCCAGACGGCCUGCCUCUGCGCCACCGACAGCCUGGCGCGCGCAGCCGUCGCCGCCGCCGCCGCCGCCGGCCGCCCGCCGCGCGUGCUCAUCAACGGCGCCAGCGGCGGCGUCGGCUCGCUGCUGAUCCAGAUCCACAAGGCCAAGGCCCAGGCCCCGUCGUCGCGCGGCCCCGCGCACGUCCCCGCGCACGUCACCGCCGUCUGCUCGGGCCGCAACACCGCCUUUGUGCGCGGCCUCGGCGCCGACGCCACCGUCGACUACACCCAGCACGUGUCGCUGCCGGCCUUUUUGGCCGCCGAGUUUGGCAGCGCCGACGCCCAGUUUGACCUCAUCUACGACUGCGUCGGCGACCAGGCCCUCUACCUGCAGAGCCCCGCGUACCUGCGGCCCAAGACGGGCGCCCUGCUGUGCAUCGUCGCCGGGGCCGUGGGCGUGCCGACCGUCGUGCGCAACCGGCUGCUGCCCGCCGCCCUGGGCGGCACGCCGCGCGCGUACCGGAUGCUGGGCCUGUUUCCGUCGGGCGACCUGGCGCGGCAGGUGGCCCGCAUGGUCGAGGACGGCAUCAUCGCGCAGAUGCCCAUUGACUCGGUGUGGCCCAUGACGGACGUGGUCGGCGCAUACGAGAAGCUCAUGACCAAGCGCGCGCGCGGCAAAAUUGUCAUCCAGGUCGGGUCCAAGGCAAAGGGAGCGACGCUACCCGCGGCGGUAAAAACGUGA